AUGACAACACAUUGGAGGUUCUUGGUGGCUGUGACAUUGAUCACAUUAACAUUGUCAAGAGCAAAUGCUGUACCGGCAACUUCAUUGCAACGCAAAGAUGUAAAUCAAGAUCUUGGACCAACAAGUGGCGUACUAAGUGGAGAUUUAGGUAUAGUAGGCUUAAAACGUCGUGAUACUGUAGAUGGUUUAUCAAAUCUUCUUGAUACCAACGGUCUUUACGAUGGUUUAACAGACACUCGCAAACGUUCACCUUUGGUUUUUGAUAGCCCGGUCUCAGUCGGCGGUAGUAGUCAAUCUGCUCCUGGUGCAAAAACUGGUGGUAUUGGCAGCAAAAAGCGUUCACCUUUGCUUUUUGAUAGCCCAGUCGCUGUUGGCGGUAGUAGUAAAUCUGCUCCUGGUACAAGUACUGGUGGUAUUGGCAGUAAAAAACGUUCACCUUUGGUUUGGAAUAGUCCAGUCUCGCUUGGCGGUAGUAGCAAAUCCGGUUCUGGUCUGCAAACUGGCACUGUCGGAAAUAACGGCAAUUAUCAUGGCAGCGAUUCACGAAAAAGGUCUCCUUUAGUGGGAAAUAGCCCAAUCUCGAUUGGAGGUGAUAGUAAAUCCGGUUCUGGCCUUCAAACCGGUGGAGUCGGAGGCGACGGCGGCAACAAGGACAGCACUGAUAGUGGCAGAAAAAGUACUGAUGGCGGCAGAGAGAGUUCUGAUGACGACUCAGGAGAUGGAGUCGGUACAGAGCGUCAUGAUAGUACUGAUGUCAACAUCCAAGACAGUAGCAAUGAAAAAAAACGGUCACCUUUAUUGACGAAUAGCCCAGUCUCUGUAGGAGGUGACAGUGAAAGCGCACCAGCAGCGCAAACUGGCGGCUUAAGCGGCGGCUUAGGCGGUCUAGGAGGACUACUUAAACGUGAUAAAGGCGGCGGUGGUGGAGACCUUUUGAACGAUAUUCCUUUCCUUGGAGGUGGAAAGGGUGGCGACAACAUCAUGAAAGAUAUUCCUUUCCUUGGAGGUGGAAAAGAUGGAGGUGGUGAUAUUUUGAAAGACAUCCCAUUCCUUGGAGGCAAGGGAGGCAAAGAUGGCAAUCCUUUACAAAGCUUAACAAAAGACUUGCCAAUCAAACGUUUGGUCGGCGGACUCUUGGGCGGAGACGGACAAGGUGGCGGUGGUUUGGGCGGCUUGACAUCUGACUUGCCAUUAGGUCUUAAACGUGAUAAAGGUGGCGGUGACCUUCUUAACGAUAUUCCUUUCCUUGGAGGUGGAAAGGGUGGCGACAACAUCAUGAAAGAUAUUCCUUUCCUUGGAGGUGGAAAAGAUGGCGGUGGCGAUAUUUUGAAAGACAUCCCAUUCCUUGGAGGCAAAGGAGGCAAAGAUGGCAAUCCUUUACAAAGCUUAACAAAAGACUUGCCAAUCAAACGUUUGGUCGGCGGACUCUUGGGCGGAGACGGACAAGGUGGCGGUGGUUUGGGCAGCUUGACAUCUGACUUGCCAUUAGGUCUUAAACGUGAGCAUCAUAGAGAGCAUGACCAUGCUGAUGAACAAGAGCAAGGUAGUGCAUCUGGAGGAGGACUUUUAGGCUUGGAUGGAUUGACAGAGGGACUUCCGCUUUUGGGACAAGGCGGCCCUUUGUCUGGUUUAACAAGCUCUUUACCAAUCAAACGUAAACAUAAGCAUGAAGAUGGAAGUGAGCAUUCUGACGAACAUGAGCAUACUGAAGAGCAUGAGCAUUCCGAAGGCGACGCUGAUGCUGAUGCUGAUGCUGGAGCUUCUGGAGGCUUGGGCGGAUUGACAGAGGGUCUUCCGCUUUUGGGACAAGGUGGUCCUUUGUCUGGCCUAACAUCUUCUUUACCACUCCCAAUCAAACGUGGAGGUGGUAGUGAUGGUUUGGAUAUUAGUGGUCUUACCAAUGGGAUCACUCAGGCAUUGCAGAAGGAGGAGUCCCAGAUUGGUUCGGAGAUGAAGCAAUUACCUAUCGGAGGCAAAGGUGACAAGAUGGGUAAAGAGGCUGAACAGUCAAUGAAACAAGCAACAAAUGACUUUUCAAAAGAUAGUAAGCAAGUUGAUGGCCAGGUCAAUAGUUUGAUGAAUCAACUCUCUAAACAAUUUGGAGGUGAUCUCAAAGGAAUGAAACGAAGGAAGCGUUCUGCUUCACUUAUCGAGAAGCGUAACAGUGAAUCAGAAGCACCCAGCGAUUUGCCAAACGGACGUACACAGAAAGAUAGUUCAGACACAGGAGUUCAUUUGUUGGGAGGUGAUGGUGAUGCGGCAAAGUUAAAGAUGGAGGAAACCUCAAAAGAUGCAACAAAUAAUCACGGUUCUGAUAAAGAUAAAAGUGAAUUAUCAAGCAGCGUCGGCGGUGGUCAUAAGCCAACCAAACUUAACCUCGAACACAAGAAUAAAGAAAAAAUGACUGGCCAUGUAGAAGGAACCAAAGACAGGAAAAGCGACGUUGGCUUGCAGACUGGCGGAGGUCAUGGAACAGGCUUAGAUGUCAAGAAAUCCAAAACAAAGAAGACCGAUCAUCAAUCUCGUGGCUGAUUGAUUCGCCUUUGUUUCUUGCUUUUUUUUCCCGUGUAUUCUCGUCUUUUAUAGCAUUUUUUUCGAUUUCUUUUUUCCCUUUCCUUUUCCUGUUUUGUUUUGUUUUGUUUUGUGGAAGGA